AAGAUUAGAAACAUAGUGAAAAGGAAAGAGAAUAAAACUCUGAAGGUUUUUCAAGAGGCGUUAAUCAUGUUAAUAACGAUUAAACUUUGACAAUCAGUGGAUUGUCUUUUCUAGCAAUUAGACUAAUCUUUACCUUCAUUCCUUGGUCUAUUGAUGGUUAAAGUUACUUCUUUGUGCAGCUAACCAACAUCGUUCGCCAUUGUUUUAGAGUUGCUCUUUUAUUUUUCUAUGUUGGUUGUCCUGAACAUAUGGUCUCAGCCUUUUCCGGUGUUAUUCUUCUUCUUUUCGUUCUGUGAUAAUUAAUAUUGUGAUUUACUAAUCUGUCUAACACUUCUGUUGCUUCAGUAUAAACAUCUAAUAAUAUUAUGUUGAAUUAAGACCAGAAGUGGUUUUGUUUUGCUACCAGCCUACCACCAGUUUUGCCAUCUUGCUUUUGUAGGAAAAUUAGCCUUUUUUGAUUUGACAUUACAUGCAACUGAUUUUGGAUCAUGGAUUACAGUAGUGAACAUGAGCCUAUUCUUGAGAGAAACUAUGUGUCAUUCUGGGAAAAAUUGUCCAAUCCAAAAUAUGCCCCUCAUCGUUACAUUGUACUGGUCGUUUUGUGCCUCAUCAAUUUAGGAAAUUAUUAUAUUUAUGAUAACCCAGCAGCACUUGAGACUGAGAUUACUAGAGAUCUGGUCAUUUCCACUUCACAAUAUACAACAUUAUAUUCACUCUACUCAUGGCCUAAUGUAAUUUUGGGUCUCUUUGGAGGAUAUCUUCUUGACAAAGUCAUUGGUUUAAGAAUCGGCACCAUAAUAUUUUCUCUAUUCGUUUGUUUUGGUCAGUUGGUAUUUGCUUUAGGAGCUUUUCUCAACACCUUCUGGGUUAUGCAAUUAGGCCGUUUUAUAUUUGGAUUAGGAGGUGAAAAUCUCUCUGUUGCUGUCAAUGCUUAUGCGGUUAGCUGGUAUAAAGGAUCUGAAUUAAACAUGGCCUUUGGCUUAAUGAUGAGUAUCUCUCGAUUAGGAAGCACAGUCAAUUUUAAAACUAUGGUCCAUAUCUACAAUUUUUUUGAGAAAUACUAUACUGGUUACAAGUGCCUAGGUCUUACUUUGCUAUUUGCUGUUAGUUUCUGUAUUUUCUCUCUGAUAAUGGGCCUUUUAAUGGCUUAUUUUGAUAAAAGAGCCGAAAGAAUACUCAAAAAAGAGCCACCCAAAGCUGGAGAAGAAAUGAAAUUCCAAGAUGUCUUUCACUUUGGGCUUGAUUUUUGGAUGGUUUCGUUCAUUUGCGUCCUUUAUUAUAUUACAAUCUUCCCUUUUAUUGGACUUGGAACAGUUUUCUUUUUGAGAAAAUAUGGUGUGAGUGAGGACUCCGCUGAUAGUAUAAAUAGUUCUGUUUACACUAUAUCAGCUAUAGUCUCACCCAUAUUAGGAAUACUCAUUGAUAAAGUUGGUCGUUGUAUUUCUUUUGUGUUUGCUGGAACCGCAGUUACAUUACUUGGACAUGGUCUUUUAGCUUUUAGCUUUGUAAAUCCAUGGGUUGGAAUCGUUUGUCUCGGAUUUGGUUAUUCGACUAUAGCUUGCGCACUAUGGCCAUUAAUUCCAGAUAUUGUUCCAGAAUUUAGGCUUGGAACAGCAUAUGGUGUAGUUCAAUGUGUACAAAAUCUCGGACUAGCUUUAGCCAAUAUGGCUGCUGGUCACAUUGUUGACUCUCGAGGUUUCCUCGCAUUGCAAUGCUUUUUCAUAAUCUCGCUCGUAGUUUGUCUCAUCUUGAUUAUCUUCUUAUUUUUAUCUAACUUCAACAAAGGAGGAAUUCUUAAUAUCUCCGCUAAAAAGCGUGCAGCUAUGACAGAGGCGAAAAGGAUCGCCGAGGAACAAAACCUAAGACGUGAAGAGAUCGAAGGAUAUUCUGCCGAGCCACCUGCCCUUGCUGGUCAAGAUGAAAGUGUCCGUCGACGUUACCUAUCCAAGAUUGGAACCCAGGAUCCAAGCAAUUUGGAGGAAGCUCGAGCCAUCCGUGAGCAAAUCUCUGGUCCAUCUAAUUAAAAUUUGAUCAUAAAUAAUUAAAGACUGCUAAAUCAGAAUGAAAACAACUAACGGAUCAAUUGGCUAAAUUAUUUUUGAUUACAACCAUCCAGAUUAAAAAUCAUUUCAACCGCUGGAAUGGUUGUUACAUUGUAUUUAAAAAUCCUGUUUUAAUGUAUAUUUUAUUUUCGUCAUUUCCAGUGGAUCAAAAGAUCGUUUCACACAUUUCUUAAACAAUGAGACAAUCAUGUUUAAACAAGAAGCUCAAAUCGGUCAAUUAUUUUCAUCUACGAUGAAUCAAGAAAUUAUUGAAUAUUUUUUGCAAGCCCAACACAUUAAAAUCAAUGUUUGGAAAAGUUGAUGGUCAAUUAUUUAACUGAAAUGCUAACUUUAAAAGCAAGAAAUGAUGCGACACUUUACAUAAAUUUUUCAUUAAUUAAAAUCAAAUCAAUUUUAUUAAAAGGUUGAUCACGCAUAA